UUGCCUUGAUCCAAGUCAGCAGCACUGAUACUUAUGCCUGCCAAUGGCAACUCCUCAUGAGACAGCAAGCAAGCUGUGAUUAAACAAGUUAUCCUGACUCCAUCUGUGGUUAUCUUCUGGCAUGAUCCGGCUGUGCUGCACUUGCACCUGCGUCUUCCUCUUCAAAUCCGGCAUCUUUACAUCCUGAGCCUAAGCAUGGCAGGGCUGAAGUCGUUCUUCGUGAGCCUGUCGAGGACGAAACCUCUGGAGCCCGAUGGGGAGCAGUCCACCUUUAACCGAUGCCUAACCACUCUGGACCUGGUGGCGCUCGGUGUGGGCAGCACCCUUGGAGCCGGCGUCUACGUCCUCACCGGCGAAGUGGCCCGAGAGACGGCUGGACCCAGCAUCAUCCUCGCCUUCUUCAUCGCUGCCCUGGCAUCCAUAUUUGCUGGACUGUGCUAUGCAGAGUUUGGCUCCAGAGUACCUAAAACAGGCUCGGCAUACCUGUACAGCUAUGUGACCGUCGGGGAGCUGCUGGCUUUUAUCACCGGAUGGAAUCUGCUUCUCUCCUAUGUCAUAGGGACGUCCAGUGUUGCGAUUGCAUGGAGUGGCACGUUUGAUGACCUCAUCGGGGGUGUCAUGUCCAAAUACUUGGCAGAGAAUGCAGCAAUGGACCUUCCAUUCUUGGCACCCUACCCAGAUGUCUUUGCUGCUUUUCUUAUAAUGAUUCUAUCUGGCUUACUCUCCAUUGGCGUGAAAGAGUCAACCACAAUCAACAAGGUCUUUACUGGGGUCAACAUCCUAGUUCUGGUCUUUGUCGCCAUCUCAGGCUUCAUCAAAGGAGACAUCGCUAACUGGCAAAUCAGUGAAGAUGAUUUCCGCAACGCCACAGCACAGCUCAAUAACCUGAGCACCACCGCCAAUCUGACAAGCAACUUUGGAGUCGGUGGCUUUUUUCCCUAUGGUUUCAGUGGAACCCUGGCUGGGGCAGCAACAUGCUUCUACGCCUUUGUGGGCUUUGACUGUAUCGCGACGACAGGUGAGGAGGUAAAGAACCCUCAAAAGUCUGUUCCAGUGGGGAUUGUGGCCUCUCUACUUAUCUGCUUCCUGGCCUACUUUGCUGUUUCUGCCGCGCUCACACUGAUGAUGCCUUACUACAUGCUCAGCAAAAAAAGCCCCCUUCCCGUGGCCUUUCAACACAUCGGCUGGGGUGCCGCCAAAUAUGUUGUGGCUGUGGGGUCAUUGUGUGCCCUGUCCACAAGCCUUUUGGGCUCCAUGUUCCCCAUGCCCAGGGUGAUGUUCGCUAUGGCAAGAGACGGCCUUCUUUUCCGACCGUUGACCAAAGUCACCUCCAGGGGUAGUCCUGCUGUGGCUACCAUAUCAUCCGGAACUGUGGCAGCCAUCAUGGCUCUGCUGUUUGACCUGGACGCCUUAGUGGAGAUGAUGUCUAUCGGGACCCUUUUUGCCUACACACUUGUAGCGAUAUGUAUCCUAAUACUGAGGUAUCAGGUGACUCCAUCUGAUGACGGACAACUACAAAUCAUGGAAUCCAACACCAAAUUUGGCUUUAUAAAGUCUCCAUCGUCUCCAAAUUCAGACACGUCAAAAAGAGUCACGAGUCUGAUUUUAGUCUCCAUUGUGUGUGUGGCUGCUCUGUGCAUCACCCUGAGCCUGGCUAUUGAUGCCUUAUACCGCGUGGAGGCAUGGAGUGUGGCGCUCGUCUGCAUCCUUUCCAUUAUCCUGCUACUUGCCGUUUUUCUCAUCUGGAGGCACCCACAGAACUCCCAAAAGGCAUCCUUCAUGGUGCCCUUACUCCCUGUACUGCCCAUUGUGAGCGCUCUUAUAAACAUCUACCUCAUGUUCCAGUUAGAAGGCGCCACGUGGUUACGGUAUGCCAUCUGGAUGGCAGUAGGCUUGGUCAUCUAUUUUGGCUACGGGCUGCAUUACAGUGUUCAGAACCAGCGUCACAAAACCAACCUUUCAGCAAUCGAAACCAUCAGUGAAAAAACAGACAAGGACAUGUUAAAAGAUUGCCGAUUAUGAGUGCUCGCGGGAUAGUGAGAGAUGUAUAGAGAUGUUACUGUGAGUCACUGUUUUGUAAAUGUGAGUUAACUAUAAACACCACUGGCGUUCCUUCUUACAGUGUUAAGCAUCUGUGGUUCACAAUGACUUCAUCACACGUCCGUGCAGGUAGAGCUUCCAUGCACAUUUUAUUUAAUUUUCUCCACUGUCAGGUUCCACAAUAUGUUUCUUAUUCAUCAUAUUUACCUGUAUUGCCGAAUUAUUGUGAAGUCGUUCCUGCACCCAUCUGCUUCAUAAACUGUAGAAAAUGUAAGCAGUAAAAACAAAUCAGCUGCUAAUUUAUUUGUACUUUUUAAUUUUGUUAAGAUUAUAUGACGUUGUAAUUCGGAUUUAUAGAUAUCAUUUUUUACACAAUUAUUUUUAUCACCCGGCGGACGUAAGAGGUUUUUCUGAUUUUUGUUUUUGAUGUAUACGCGUUUUAGUAUGUUUCCUGUAUCAAAGUGGAAAUAUGAAGAGUUUAAAUUGUGAAUGUAUACUUUAAUUAAAGAGAAACUAACGUCCUCAA